AUGUAUGUUGGCGCUUCCAAUAUUGCCACAUCCAAAAAAUGUUCUGCGGUGAAUAUCAUGGAUUUGUUGUGUUUUGGACUGGCGGCAACAACAAUUAUCGUUGGCGUAACAAUAAUUUACAAGCUGUCGUCCAACAGUGAAAGUUGUCAAAGGAGAAUGUACAUCAGUGGAGAUAUCAGUGAAAGGACGGCACAAAAAAUUAUGGAUAUGAGCAAAAAUAAUUUAUUUUCUCUGGUGAAAGUAUUGGAUACUUGUCGAAACCCGCGAGCUCUCCUACUCCAAUUCAAGGAUCCAUCCGAUUGCUGUAAAAUGGUGAAUGAUAUAAGCGAGUUAUAUACUGAGGACGGAAUUCAAGCAAGUUUUGUUAUGAACCAUUUGUGGAUUCGAAACGAAUUGAUAACGAGUCAAGAUGCAUUGGUUUCUGACGAAGAAUUUAUGAGAGGGUACCAAACGGGAGAAUCAGCUUUUGUUGCAGAAGCAUUGGAAAUUGUUUUGAAGAGACGACUCGAAUCGUUGAAAUUGACUGUUUAUAUAAGUCGACUGGCGAUAGAUAUGAAUGUGGUGUACAAUGCGAUGAUAUUGUUUUCGACCGCAUUCACAGUACUCUACAGUUAUUUGUCGUCAGAAGCCGGUUCAUUCAAUGCUCUCACUCUGUACGGAUGUUUAAUAGGAUUGUCCGAAGUCAUUUUGGGACUUGCAUCAAAUUGGAUUAAAGGGCGCAAAUGUGCAACGUUGGCUCUUUUUGUAAAGAAUGGUCAAGAAAAAGAAGCAAUAAGUCUGCUGGUUGGUGCUGGAAUACAGCUUUUCGAAUUGAUACAAUUGUCGGAUGAAACGUUGGUAUUGGCGCACGCAAAGAACAAUGACCUAGUCAAGUAUGCGGAAAAAUCAUUACAACAUGGAAUGCUCGAAGAUUAG